AGAGGCAGCACUUCAGCCCGCAUCUGGGUCUUCAGCAGGCUCUGCGAUGGCAGACAGAAAGGCUGAGUCACUGCAUUCCUCCAUAGGGCUCCUGGGCAUUUCCGCAGGAUCACUCUUACUGGCAGUGAAUUUCUACAGUUCACCCAGAGCAGCCCCUCUGAUCCCCAGCACAGCUCUUGGGGUCCUUCUGUUGGUUUUAUCGUCUCUUUUGGCAUAUGCAGGAAUUCGGAGAAGCCUAAGAAAUGCCUCCCUGUUCCUGUCUCUCUGCCUGACCAUCUCAGUGUUCUGGUGCGGCUAUGGAGUGGUCUUCAUCCUGGGAGGGCAAGGACUUUUGAACGACACUGGUGAUUUCCGCAAUGCCUUGGUGCCUGGCCUGGUCACAUUUACUUUGGCACUACUCAUUAUUGCAGUGGUGGGCUUCCUUUGCAGAGAGGUCAUCCUAGCUCUGAUUGCUUCUGCUGUCUCACUCGCCAGUGCUCAUGAAGUUGCCAUGCAUUAUAGCACAGCUUUUGGUUCCUCUGCUGUGGCUUGCAACUAUAUGAUCGUCUGCUUGGUUGGUGGUUAUUUUGCUCUGGGAAGGAUUCUCUAUUUCCUAACCAAAGAGAAAAUUGCCCUCCCUGGCACAGAUCUGGCCAAGAAAAAGACCCAUGAACAGAUCCAAUCCACCAGUGGUGGCAUUAAUUGUUUUGCAGUCACCGGUCUGAUCCUGAACAUGCUGUCUGCCAGUGUCUUUGGCUGUAGGCUCCUGGGCAUCACUGGCAAACUAUUUAUCGGUCAAGUGCCCUGGCUGUGGGCAGCUGGGAUCUACCAGAUUGGCAUCUGCAUUUUAUCAUACCGUGCAAUGGACGUACUAAUGGCUACAUUCUUUGGUUUUACUUCCAUCCUGAAAUUUGCUGGAGGCUAUUGCCUUCUGUACCCAGUCUGGCAACCAGAGGAGCCAUCCUUCCCUACUCCAUUCCUGGUGGUUUUCUCAAUCCUUUUUGCUGUCUUGGCCCUUUUCCUCACUCUUAAGAGCCCAGCCGAUGGCCUGUAUUUGCUCUUUUAUGUGGCCUACUGCAUUGCAUUAGCUUGCUCUCCCAAGGGAUUUUUUGAAGGUGGACCCCAAGGCGUGGAUGUGGCCAUAUUUGUGUCCUCAGCCUUGAUGACUCUAAUUCACCUGUACAAUGUGAAAGCAAGUGCCAAAAUCCCAACAGGGAAGGGUGCUGUGAAGGCCCUACUUGAUCACAGCAGUCUUCUGAAGCUUCGUGAAGGGGCAGACCUUCAUGCUCCCUACCUUGGGUAUUCCAGGUAUGCAGAUGCAGAAGUGCUUGGCUAUGCAUGCAGUGUCCUCGCUUCUUUUACUAUAACAAUGACAGGGGACCCACAGGCUCCACUUGCUACUGUUGUAAUUCCGUGGGUAGUGGUAGCUGGUGGGAUCCUUAAGCUUCUAGGUGGCUCAGUGGCCUUUGCCCGGGGUAAAACCCUGGAGAGCAGUGCCUUCAUUCUCUAUGCUGUCAUGUGGAUCAUAUGGGGCCUGACAAGAUAUGGUGGCCUCUAUGGCACCACCAGAAGCUUCCAUGCAGCAGUAGGCAUCAUUGCUUUCAUGCUUUUCAAUGUCUUCAUUGUCUUCUGCACGAUCUUCUUAAACAUCGCCUGGUUCUUUUACUCCAUCACUUUCUUGCUCAUCGCUGUCAGCUUUUUGCUGGAUUCCAUCCACGCUCUUCCCGCUGGCUAUGACAUUGCUGCCACUCUCAUCUUUGGUCUGGUCAGCUUUUACUGCUUCCUGUCUGCCCUUUGCAACAGCACCUUUGAGGGCUCCUGCUUACCAAUGGGUAGGCCCAUUGUGCAGCUUGGUGGUGUGGGGGGAGGAAUGACCAAGUGCCUUCACCUGCCUGCCAGGAAAGCUUCCUCAGUCAAGAGAAUUGCAGAUAUCCUGAAGAACGGAGGGACUUGUGGCAUCCCCACAGAUACUGUGUAUGUGCUUGUGGCAGCCUGUAAUCGGCCUGAUGCUGUGGAGAAGGCUCACCGAUCUAAGCGCCAGGCUCAGGAUCGCCCCAUGUCACUCUGGAUUUCUAGCUUAAAGCAACUGGAACCUGCAAAGCAUUUGUUCACUCCCCUCCUCUGGGACUUCAUGGAGGCUGCAUGGCCAUCUCCUAUUAGCUUGGUGGUUCCCAGAGGUGAAUGGGUGGACUUCCUGGGAAUGAAAGACUCUGCUAAAUACGUUGGUACCCCUCAGAGCAUUGCCAUCCGCAUCCCCGACUGCUCUGUCACCACACACCUCAUCGACCUGGUUGGCCCCAUUGCAGUCACGUCAGCUAACCCAACGGGAGAGGCAGACACAACACACCACAACCAAGUGUAUGCUAAGCUGGGAGAUAAGGUGGAUGCAGUCCUUUGUGAUGGGCCUUCUCCAGAGAACAUUGCCUCCACUGUUGUGGACUGCACCAAAAUUGACAGUGGAAACAUAGGAUUCUUCAGAGUUGGUAUCAUCCCCAAGUCUCAGGUGCUGCAGAUACUAGAGCAGGUGCAGAAGAAACACGCAUUGGUUCCUAGCGGUGGCACUUGCACCACAAAAGGCCAGAAAGAACAGCUGGAUCACAGCCGUGCUGUGCACAACGGGGUGGGCAAGGCCACCUCGGAAGAGACGGUGCCAGUGCAGUGCCCUGGUGAUGGCUGUGAGAACCACACUCGCCUCUGACUCCUGCGCAAGCCAAGCAGUUAUCUGCUCGCGAGGAAAUUGUUUGCUGGAAAAUGACAUAUAGGUCAAAUUGGGGAAUGGGAGAGGUUUCCCAGCUGCAGGGGUGACUUAUUCAUCUUUCUAUGGGUACUGCUAAAAUAUCCCAGUGCAAAGCUGAUGUACAAACCAGGGUCAUCCAGAAGUAAAUUUUUCAUUUAUGGAGACUGCCAGCUUUCACUGAAGAUCAGACGUAAAUCUGAUCUUCAGUGAUCACAGGAGCAUCACUGGAUCACACACAUCACAGGAGGCGUGAUACGGGUGACAGGCUGUCCCCAGAGUAACAGAGCUUUAUUCCUACCACUGGGAGGUAAUGCCUUUGGUUUGGGGCACAGGGUAAGGCGAAGUGUUUUGUGAUUGUGCUUUGGGGAAAACACUGCAUGGAACUCGAAGUGGGAGAGGGAAGAAGAUGUAUUCAGGUACUGUGCUGGUGAGUGCAGUGGACUUUCUAGAAUAGGUGAGGCGAGGCACGGCCUUGGGAGCUGGGGCUAUCUCCUGAUACGUCCUCUCAAAGUAGAGGUCACAGAAGCCAAUGCUAAAAAGAAAUGCCGUUAUCUGAGGUGCCAUUUUCUUUAUUUCAUAGUCAGUGUGAGAGUGGAAUUACUACUUUGAUGAGUCCAAUAAUAUUUCCUUAGAAGUGCUGGAGCAUUAUGAAGGACCCUCCCUUCCCAUGUUGUCUUAUGCAGAGUAGGAAUUUCAGGAGAAUUAUCUGCACUGCAUCUAAGGAUGCUGGAAGUCUCCUGCCUCGCAGCAUAACUGUACACAUCUCAUGGUAUGUUUCCUCCAGAGUGCAGAGUUAGUGCAGCGUGGUAGCUGCUGACCGGGAGGAGGUGAAAUGAAGUCUCAAACCAAUACGAGAAGUUUUCCUUGGCAAGGACUGCGUGGCUGUGCAGUUGGUGGCAUGUUUAGCCUCUGAAAACUGUUGAUCUUAUUCUUACCUGACUCAGGUGCAAGGUGCUAAUCAAACUCCAGCUGAAACCAAUGAAUUGAUUCAUUGAUUUCACCUGAAGUUCUGCUGGAACUUAAGCAUAAAUUCUAUGCAGAGGAGCUCAACCUCUACGAACUACAGCAAAACCAGGUAUUCUCAGUUUGUUUUUGCAGAACCAUCUCUCCUCCUGCAGAGAAAGAAAAUGUCAGAUAGUUGAGUUUGUUGAAUAGUUUUGCUGGUCUACUUACUGUAUCUCUUUGGAGUUAAUUAAAACUGAUUUUUAGAAAGCA